UUUUUUUUUUUUUCCGCUCAACGUCCUCUCCUAAUACUGCAUUCCACCGAUUCCAAUGCCCACGGUCGCAUACUCGGCCGUGCCUUCACAUGAGAAUGGUGGCGACCCUACCAACACAACCCCGAAAGAGGAGCUACCCCACUUCACAUGGCGCGCGGUAGGAGUUGGUAUUACCAUUGGAGCAUUACUUUGCUUCACAAAUAUGUAUUUUGGACUUCAAACUGGUUGGAUCUCAAUGAUGUCCUUGCAAUCCUCGCUUUUGGGGUUUGCAAUCUUUAAAGUUGCAAAACCUUAUUUAACUGUCCCUUUCGGACCAGCUGAAAAUAUCGUCUUACAAUCCAUCGCUGUCGCCACAGGGACCAUGCCCCUAGCAGCCGGAUUUGUCGGCAUCAUUCCUGCAUUACAGAUGAUGAAUACAGAUGAUAACCCCCCUCGUAAUGGGAAAGAAGGAGGGCCCAUUGUCUUAUCGGCCACAGAGUUAAUCCUUUGGUGUUUAGCCAUUGCGUUCUUUGGCGUCUUUAUUGCAGUGCCUCUUAGAAAACAAGUGAUUGUGAAAGAGAAAUUGCCGUUUCCAUCUGGAACUGCGACUGCGCAGAUGAUUGGUGUCCUACAUAACACGCCGCUUAAGGUUCAUGAUCACCACAGUAACGAGGACAGCACGCCAUCCACACUUCGACAACGCCGUCGUCACGGAGUUACAGAUGAUCUUGAUGAUGAAGAACAAGCAACCGCGAUUUUACACAUGACUCCUUUAGGUUCUUCCGCCAACUUUGAGACCUCAGGACCAGGGUCAGGGUCAGGCUCAACGCCAGAACCAAGAUCAGAUGAUACCUUGAUGAUUGAAGGUGAGGGUGGUGAAUUUAGUCUGGAUAAAUCCUUCUUACAAGAAGAUACCUGGCGGACCAACAUGGUGGCUUUGGGUAUUUCCUUCACGGUCUCAGGACUCUACACUGUCCUCUCAUAUUUCGUUCCAGUUAUUGCAGCAAUCCCAGUGUUUGACUGGCUUAUACCAGGAUCGGUUCAAUUUGGAGCCACCUGGCAAUGGUUCUUCACUCCCUCUCUCAGCUAUUUGGGCCAGGGCAUAAUCAUGGGCUUUCCAACGACGGCGGCAAUGCUCCUGGGCUGUGUCAUCGGUUGGGGAAUCCUUUCACCAAUUGCAACACUCAACAAAUGGGUCACAGGCCCAGUCUCAAGCGCGACCUCAGGUGCAAGAGGCUGGAUUCUUUGGAUCUCUUUGGGCGUCAUGAUUGUAGAGUCCGUGGUCUCGUUGUUAGGCGUCGUUAUCUUGUCCUUGAUUGCCCAUUACCGAUACUCACUCAAGCUGAAGCGCGUAGAAGAGCGUAGAAAGCUGUUGGAGUCGUCGAUGAGGGCUCACCCUGGUGCACAGCACAAUAAUCACGAUAGACAGGAGGAUGAUUAUGAUGAUUAUGAUGACUAUGAUGAUGCACCUGCUGAUCAACUAGUGCCGCUCAAGAUCUGGGUCUGUGGGUUGAUUCUGUCCUCGUUCUUGUGUCUAUUCUUGAUCUGGGUUCUGUUCAAGGAUCAACACAUGCCGCUCUAUGCUACCGCUGCCGCUCUUCUUUUAGGCUCCCUCCUUUCGGUCCUCGGUGUCCGUGCUCUAGGAUCCACAGACCUGAAUCCAGUUAGCGGUAUUGGUAAAGUCUCUCAGUUUAUCUUUGGAGGCAUUGUCCCUGGAGGUAUUGUGGCCAAUCUGGUUGCAGGAGGGAUUGCAGAGGCUGGAGCUCAACAAGCUGGAGAUUUGAUGCAGGAUCUCAAGACAGGUCAUCUUAUGGGUGCAUCUCCCAAGGCCCAAUUCUGGGGACAGCUAAUCGGCUCUCUAGCUUCGGUUUUUAUCUCCACAGGCGUUUAUAAAUUGUAUUCCACAGCCUAUGAAUUGCCCGGUCCACAAUUUGCGGUCCCAACUGCCAAAGUCUGGUUGGAUUUGGCUCGAUUGGUCAAUGGCCAUUCCUUACCAGAACAUACAGGCCCUUUCAUCUUGGGUUUCUCAUUCCUCUUCGCAGGACUCACCAUCCUCACGACUAUUUAUUCUGACGCCGCAUUUUUGAGGAAACUAGAUAGUGGCGGCGGCGGUAAACGACCAAAGUGGCUAAAGUAUAUUCCUUCAGGCAUCGCCUUCGCCAUUGGCAUGUACAACCUCCCUAACUUCACUCUGGCUCGAUUCCUUGGAGGUUUAGUCUCGAUCUGGUGGGAUUGGCACUGUAAGAAGUAUGCGGGUCAACCCAAUACGAGGUUUGCAAACCUUGGACGCGUUUUCUUAAUCAUCAUCGCUUCGGGCUUUGUCUUGGGCGAAGGAACACUCUCGAUCGUCAAUUUGAUCCUCAAGACCUUUGAUGUCCAUUCUUGGUCUUGCGCUGGAUGCGUAGAGGGAAUCUGUGUCUGCAACUGAGUAACGGAAACAGCAAUAUUAUUUGCAUAUAUUUUAUUUAUAAUUUAGAAGCACUGUGUCCUUUUUUUGCAUAUGUUCUAGAACUUUAAUAAGUA